AAUUAGAAUCCGGCUAUCUACCAAACCCUUGUUCUCUUAGAAAAAUAAAUUACAUACAUAAACAUUGUUUUAUUAAUUAAUUUGAUAGCAGAAGAAAAAAAAAACAUAAUGUAUAGAUCAUCAAGCUGGAGCAGAGUUACGGAUGGGUAUUAUUCAUCCCCGAAGGCGGGGAGUAUUACGGGGCUGAGAAUGUCAUCAUCGGUGGACGACAGUAACGAACUGCCCGUAUAUGAUCCCAGUGUAGAGAUGGCUAAUAAGAAAGAGAAGUCAAGGGCUAAGUUUGCAGAGAAUGCUGUACAUAUAAUUCCUUUGGUGCUGCUUGUUUGUGCCUUGAUCCUCUGGUUCUUUUCCAAGCCAGAUGUGGAAGUGGGAACGAAAGUGGAGACGGUAGCAGCCAGAAUCGACGGCUUGACUAUAGAUGGAGACAUAGACAAUGAUAGUGACGGAACUCAAACAGGGUUUUUGCCAAUUGCGGAAGUGGGAGACGUCGACUCC